AUGGGAGCAGAACAAACAAAAGAAAUUAGAGGAGGAUACAGGAUUUUAAGAAUAUAUGAAAAUAGUCCUGCAUCAGAAAGUGAUAUAGAAAUAUUUUUUGAUUAUAUUAUACAAAUUGAUGAUUUAAAAUUAAUAGAUUCAUCACAAAGAAUAUAUGAAUGUUUUAUGGAAAAGAUAAGGGAAAAUGAAAACAAAGUUGUAUUAUUAUUAGUUUAUAAUUGUCGUUAUAAAAAAGUUAAAGAAGUAAAAGUUACACCUAGAAAAUGGAAAGGAAAUGGAUUGCUAGGACUAAAUAUAAACUAUGAAUUUUUAAAUGCAAUGAAUGAGGGAACAAGGAUUUUAGAUAUAUUUGAAAAUUCACCAGCAUUUAAAAGUGAUUUAAAUGAAUAUAGCGAUUUUAUUAUUGGAUGUGAUAACAAUAUAUUUAGAAAUCAGGAAGAGUUAAUGAAUUAUAUUAAUAUAAAUUAUAUGAAUUAUAUUAAAGAAAACAAAGAAGAAAAAUAUAAAACAUAUUUUUAUGUAUAUAAUUGCAUAACCGAAAAAAUUAGAAGAGUAGAAAUAGAGCCAAAUAAUGCAUGGGGAGGUAAAGGAUUACUUGGUUGUAAUAUAGCUAAUGGAUUUUUGCAUAAAAUUCCUCUAUGUAAAGAAAAUAUUUUAAAAAAGAAAACAGAUGUAGAGAAUGGAAAAGAAAGUAAUAUACAUUAUAUUGAAAAUAUAAAUGAAGAAACGAAUAAUAAAUCUAAUAAUAAAUAUGCAGAAAAUGACUCUUCAAAUUGUAAUAACAUAAAAAACGUUUCAUGUAAUGAUAAAAUUAAUAAUACUAAUACAUUAAACGAUCAUACAAUAAAAAAUAAUGAAAUUAAUAAUGAAAAAAAUAGAGAUAUAGAUAAGUUUUAUAGCUAUGAUAAAAAUAAUAACGAUAUUAAAAAUAAUGAUAAUAAUAAAAAUAUUGAGUAUUAUGAAGAUAAUAAUAAUGACAUUAAUAAUGAUGAAAAUAACAAUAUUAAAAGAGAUAAUUUUAAUGAUAUAAAUGAUAAUAAAUUUGGAUCACUUAUGCAAAACCAAAAAGAAAAUGGAGAAAAAUGUAAAACUGAAGUUAAUUUGGAUGAUUCAAUUGAAAAUAUAGAUAGCUAUUCAAAUUACGUAAAAAAAAUGAAAAUUUACAGUGAGGAAUUGGUUGAAAUAUAUGAAGAUAUGAACCGAAAUAGUGAAAUUUUAAAUAAUAUUGGAGUAAGUACAAAAAUUAAUUUUUUAGAUAAUAAAAAUAAUUCUACUGAUGAAAGCAUAUUUACAGAUCUGAAAAAUUGUGAAAUACAAAAUGUAUAUUUGGAGUCUCAUAAAAAAGAUAAAGUUUCAGAAUGUGAUAAAUCUAAUAAUUUAGAUUGUUAUCAAGACUAUAAUGAUAAUUUUGAUGAGAAGGAGACAGUGUCUUUAAAUAAAUAUGUAAAUUAUAUUAAUAAGAAUAAUUCCCUAAUAGAUAACGAAUUGGAAAAAGAUGUCAAUGAGAAGAACAAUAAUGUUGACCUAUUAAUUAAUGAUUUUCCUAGGGCAGGUAUAAUUUAUCCAACAUCAGAUUUAUUAUAG